CAACUACUCCCCUUAUCAAAUAGUGUCCACAGUGGAGUGGGACAAACAAUAUGGCAGCCACCUGGAGAUACCUCAAACCUGGUCCGCAUGAGAAAUCAGUCCCUAGGACAGUCUGCUCCUUCCCUUACUGCUGGUUUGAGGGAAGGGCUUCUUAUGACAGCUCUGUCAGUGAUGAAUAGAUGAAUGAAUUCUUAUAUGUUCAGAACUUGCAACAUGUGUUCCAGACCCUUCAGCACAUAAGAGUCGCAAGAUCGCAGCAAUGAAGUAAAGAAUGUGCCGUGUCUGCUGCAAGCGAGGAGACCAGCAUACCUCCGAGACAGCAGAAACAAAAGAAUGUGCUACAGUAUCUGAAGAAUCUGACAUUUGCUUUGUCUUACAAAAGAGUAAAGGAAUUCUUCAGAAUUUGGCAAAAUGAAAUUUCUAGUUCUUACAGUCACGGUAGAUUUUUUUUUUUCUAAUUUUAAAUAGUGUUGUACCCUGUGUGUCCAAGGAAUUGAUUUUUAGUUAAGCGUGACUGUGUUUUUUAAAGGAAAUGUGACCUGGAUUUUGUGAGCUUAUUAUACACAGUAAAUGAAGGCAGCUGUUGUAGUUUACUGAUCCCUUAUAACAGCUCAAGUAAAUUGAAAUAAAGCAAAACAUGGAAGGGAGAAAAUCUGAGUUAAAAUCUACUCUUUGGUCUUGCAUUGAGUCUUCAAUUAAUAUGUAUUUCUAGACAGUUGUAUAUAUGAGGGGAAGGAGACAUCCAAACUUGAAAAGACAGGAAAAAUCUGUUUAGCUUUUCUAAAUGUGACUUGCUAAAUCUGCCACAAAAGAGGCAGACAGAGCUAUAUACAAAUAGUCAGAGACCCUGGCUGCAGUUCUUCAUGACAGGCAAAUGAAAGACCAUGUCCUAUUUUUAGAGAGCAGGGGGGAGGGAGAAAAGUUUGAAAAUAAUGGACUUAUUUGCCAGUUAGAGAGCAAAGCUAGCCAGAAGCAAGUGAGCUUUCGCAGGAAUUUAUGAUCAGCAGAGUCACAGAUAUGGAUGAUUCAAGUAUUCUUCGAAGAAGAGGGUUGCAGAAGGAGCUCAGUCUCCCCAGAAGAGGAAGCUUCUGUCGGACAAGCAACAGAAAGAGUUUGAUUGUAACAUCCAGCACAUCUCCAACGCUCCCACGACCACAUUCCCCUCUGCAUGGACACCCAGGUAGCAGCCCUUUGGACAGUCCCAGGAACUUCUCUCCGAAUGCACCUGCGCAUUUUUCCUUUGUUCCUGCCCGAAGCCACGGACACAGAGCAGACAGAACGGAUGGGCGUCGCUGGUCCUUGGCAUCUCUCCCUUCAUCCGGAUAUGGAACAAACACUCCCAGUUCAACCGUUUCAUCAUCAUGCUCAUCUCAGGAGAAGCUGCACCAGCUGCCCUUUCAGCCCACGGCAGACGAACUUCAUUUCCUGACAAAGCAUUUCAGUACUGAGAGCAUCACCGAUGAGGAAGGGCGUCACUCUCCAGCCUUGAGGCCUCGAUCUCGCAGUCUCAGCCCGGGUCGCUCCCCAGUUUCCUUUGACAGUGAAAUAAUAAUGAUGAAUCAUGUGUACAAAGAAAGGUUUCCAAAGGCCACGGCGCAGAUGGAGGAACGGUUGGCUGAGUUCAUUGCCUCUAACGCUCCUGAGAAUGUGCUGCAAUUAGCAGAUGGGGUCCUAAGUUUCAUUCAUCACCAAGUUAUUGAACUGGCCCGAGACUGCCUAGAUAAAUCACGUGAAGGUCUUAUUACUUCUCGGUACUUUUAUGAGCUGCAGGAAAACUUGGAGAAACUUCUCCAGGAUGCCCACGAGCGAUCCGAGAGCUCAGAGGUUGCUUUCGUUACUCAACUUGUGAAAAAGCUGAUGAUUAUCAUUGCGCGACCAGCUCGGCUGCUUGAGUGCCUGGAGUUUGAUCCUGAAGAGUUCUACCACUUGUUGGAAGCUGCAGAAGGCCAUGCCAAGGAAGGGCAAGGAAUUAAAUGCGACAUUCCCCGUUACAUUAUCAGCCAGUUGGGACUUACCAGGGAUCCCCUGGAGGAAAUGGCCCAGCUGAAUAGCUAUGACAGCCCAGACACUCCUGAGACAGAUGAUUCAGUUGAGAGCCGCGGCGCCUCUGUGCAAUCAAAGAAAACUCCAUCCGAGGAAGAAUUUGAAAAUAUUAAACUGAUCAGUAAUGGAGCUUAUGGAGCGGUGUAUUUGGUGCGACACAAGACCACCCGUCAACGUUUUGCUAUGAAGAAGAUCAACAAACAGAACCUAAUUCUGAGAAACCAGAUCCAACAGGCUUUUGUGGAGAGAGAUAUCUUGACUUUUGCUGAGAACCCCUUUGUAGUCAGCAUGUUCUGCUCCUUUGAGACCAAGCGCCAUCUCUGCAUGGUUAUGGAGUAUGUGGAAGGAGGUGAUUGUGCUACACUUCUCAAGAACAUUGGUGCCCUACCUGUUGAUAUGGCCAGGAUGUAUUUUGCCGAGACUGUUUUGGCGUUGGAGUACCUACACAAUUAUGGGAUUGUUCACCGUGACCUAAAACCUGAUAAUCUCCUCAUAACUUCCAUGGGUCACAUUAAACUAACUGACUUUGGACUGUCUAAAAUCGGGUUAAUGAGUCUUACAACUAACCUCUAUGAGGGACACAUUGAGAAAGACACCAGGGAAUUCCUGGACAAGCAGGUCUGUGGGACUCCAGAAUACAUUGCACCAGAAGUGAUCCUGCGGCAGGGCUAUGGGAAGCCUGUGGACUGGUGGGCCAUGGGAGUUAUCCUCUAUGAGUUUUUGGUUGGCUGUGUCCCUUUCUUUGGUGACACACCUGAAGAACUCUUCGGACAAGUGAUCAGUGAUGAAAUUGCCUGGCCAGAUGGUGACGAUGCACUGCCUCCAGAUGCCCAGGACCUCAUUUCUAAGCUUCUUCGCCAAAAUCCUCUGGAAAGAAUAGGAACAGGUAGUGCCUUCGAGGUGAAACAGCACCGGUUCUUUAAAGAUUUGGACUGGAAUGGAUUGCUUCGACAGAAAGCCGAAUUCAUUCCACAGUUGGAAUCUGAGGAUGACACGAGCUAUUUUGACACCCGGUCAGAACGGUACCAACACCUGGAUUCAGAAGAGGAGGAGGACACAAAUGAUGAUGAUCACGUGGAAAUUAGGCAGUUCUCCUCAUGCUCGCCGAGGUUCAGCAAGGUGUACAGCAGCAUGGAGCGUCUUUCCAUCCACGAAGAGAGGAAGACUCCACCACCAACUAAACGGAGCCUGAGUGAAGAAAAAGAUGACCGAUUAGACAGCCUUGGUGGCUUGAAGGGUCGGGACCGCAGCUGGGUGAUUGGAUCUCCUGAAAUACUGCGUAAGCGCCUGUCCAUGUCUGAGUCUUCGCACACGGAGAGCGACUCCAGCCCGCCCUUGACGGUGCGCCGGCGCUGCUCGGGGCUCCUCGACAUGCCCCGCUUUGCCAUCUCGGCCGAGGAGGAGGGCGGCGUGCUCAAGCGGCCGCAGUCGGAGGGCAUGCUGCUGUGCGCCGGGCCGGCCCGCGAGGGGCUGCCCCUGCCCAUCCCAGAGCAGCCCGUGGAGCAAGAGCCGCAGCUCGAGGGCGAUGUGGGACCCACAACCCCCUCCACGGCCGCCAGCAGCGCCUCGACGCUGACGGCUGGGAGCACUGCAGAUUUCUCUGAUCCACGCGCUCGCAGUAAUAGCAAUGAAGGCCCAGACUUUACCACUCCAAAAGCCAUCAGCGAUUUGGCAGUGCGGCGGGCACGACACAGGUUGCUCUCUGGGGAAUCAGGGGAGAAACGUACCUCGAGACCUGUCAAUAAAGUGAUUAAAUCAGCAUCCGCUACUGCCUUGUCUCUCCUGAUUCCCUCAGAUCACCACACGUGUUCCCCAUUGGCUAGUCCAAUGUCACCUCAUUCUCUAUCCUCAAACCCAUCUUCGAGGGACUCCUCACCCAGCCGCGACUUUUCUCCUGCUAUCGCAAACCUGAAACCACCAAUCAUCAUCCAUCGGGCUGGAAAGAAAUAUGGUUUCACUCUCCGUGCCAUUCGCGUCUAUAUGGGUGACAGUGAUAUCUACACUGUGCAUCACAUGGUCUGGCACGUGGAGGAAGGCGGUCCGGCCAACGAAGCAGGCCUGCGUGAAGGGGAUCUGAUAACCCAUGUCAACGGGGAGCCUGUCCAUGGCCUGGUGCACACGGAAGUGGUGGAGCUGAUCCUGAAGAGUGGAAAUAAAGUGUCCAUCUCGACCACGCCAUUUGAGAACACGUCGAUCAAAGUUGGGCCAGCUCGAAAGGCCAGCUACAAAUCCAAGAUGGCUCGUAGGAACAAGAAAAGCAAAACUAAAGAUGGUCAGGAAAGUAAGAAGAAGAGUUCUUUGUUCAGGAAGAUCACUAAACAAGCGUCACUGCUUCACACCAGCCGUAGUUUGUCUUCUCUAAACCGCUCGCUCUCUUCUGGAGAAAGUGUACCUGGUUCUCCAACUCACAACCUGUCUCCUCGAUCACCUACGCAGAGUUACAGAUCCACACCCGAGUCUGUACACUCAGUUGGUGGCAAUUCUUCCCAGAGCAGCUCUCCCAGUUCCAGUGUCCCCAAUUCUCCAGCCAGUUCUGGACACAUCCGACCCAGUUCUCUGCAUGGACUGGCACCAAAGCUUCAAAGGCAGUAUAGAUCUCCAAGGCGUAAAUCUGCAGGAAAUAUCCCUCUGUCACCACUAGCUCACACUCCGUCACCAACGCCCCAGUCCACAUCCCCGCAGCGCUCCCCUUCUCCUUUACCAGGGCAUUCGGUUGGCAGCUCCAGUAUUAUUCAGUCAUUUCCAGUAAAACUACACUCCUCUCCGCCACUAGUAAGACAAAUUUCUCGGCCCAAAAGUGCUGAGCCCCCUAGGUCUCCUUUGCUGAAGAGAGUCCAGUCGGCGGAGAAACUGGCUGCCUCACUGUCGUCGUCUGAGAAGAAGCUGGCUUCUUCGCGAAAGCAUAGCUUGGAUAUUUCUCAUUCUGAAUUUAAGAAGGAAAUGCUACAGAGGGAUCCUAGUCUCCAGAGCUUACAAGAAUCUGCGAAUGAAACAACAGGUGGAAAGCUUGGACUAGCGGAAAAGGGGAUGUUGCAGAAGCCAGGCUCCAGGAAGCUGGGUGCUAUUCGACAAGACAGGGUGGAGAGGAGAGAGUCUCUGCAAAAGCAGGAGGCCAUAAGAGAAGUAGAUUCCUCAGAAGAUGAAACGGAUGAUGGUUCAGAGGAUAGUCAGGAUGGAAGAAGACUGGACAAGCCACCUGACAAUGGAGACCAAGGCUCCGAUUCUUUUAACGAGGAUAAGUUUUCCUCUAAAUUGGAAAGCAAGGAUAGUAUUGAAGAUGAUGCCUUUCUACCCGAAGAGCCAAAAGGUACGGAAGAUUUGCAGAAGGUAAAUAAUCAGCAAGCCAAGGCUGUUUCAGAGCUGCUGCAAGCUAGCGUGCACCCUUCCCCAUCAGAGGCCCUCCCAAGAACUGCUCCAGAAAAAUUAGCUAACUCAGAAAAGCCAUUCCUAAGAUCAGAAACAACUGCAAAGGAACAUAAAUUGCCAGAAAACAAAACUUUUGAGUAUUUUAGUAAAGAAGACAAGUCUUAUGAAGCAAUCAAAGACUUAGGGAAAACUACUAGUACUCCAAAAACAAUAGAUCACACAGAACAUAUACAGUGCCCAUCCAUGAAACCUCUUAAACUUGAACAAGGUGACUCUUCAGGGGCCUCGUGCGGUAAGCUUGACUUGAAAGACUCUCUGCUAACAGAAAUCAGUCAGAAAAAACACGACUCUAAACCUCUGCUAGCUCUUUCUCCAUGUUGCAUGGCAAGCGUGAGCGUUACGCUCUCAAUGAGCCGCAGGGAUGGCAGUGCCGAGGGUCGCAAAGAGACACUGCAGCCUGUAGAGCACAGCAGCCCCUUUCUGUCUCCUGGAAGCAGGAGUGAAACAUCCCCCAAAAGUCCUAGUACCGAAAAACAGCCCAGCUUGUCCCAGACAGAGAGUGUUUCAGCUGCUACCAAAAUGAGCCAGGGCAGUGCCCCGGGUACUGCGUCCUCGUUUCUUGUCCCCAGCGCUAUUGAAAGAGCGCUCUCCGUGUCCCAGCUAGUACCGCUGGCGCAGAGCGUCUUGGGACCUCUGAAGCUCAGUAUGGCUGGUUCUGGCGAGCCGGAAAAGAGGAAGGAUUUACCCCGUUUGGGUGCCUCCUGUAAAGAGGAGAGGGAUUCAAAACAAAAAAAGCAGGAAACUUUGCAAGCAGGACCAUGUCAAGAGAGAGCCAAACCUCCUAGCACCGGCAGCCUGACCACAAGGAGCGGAUCCUACACGGAGUCACUGCAUGCAGCGAAGCCGUGGGAGGCGACGUGUCCCGUGGGGGCAAAAAAGGAGCCAACUUUUUGCAGUUCUAAGUCAUCUGAAGCUUUGGGAAGUAGCUGCAAAAGUGCUCCGUCGAAGGAGCUCUCGCACGCUCUGGGACAGCCCGUUUUGGGGGCCUCUCCUCUGCCAGAUGGCAGCACAAGGCCCUGCAAAGACGGGACUCUCAGGCAAGGAAAAAGCAAAGAGGUUGGAAGUCAGUUAAAAGUACAAGACUUUCCUCUGUCACAUGAUGGUGCUGUGAAGAAAACAUAGCAGCAUCCCUGGUACACACAGACUGGAGCAUUCCCCAUUCGAGAUAGAGACUGCAUGUUUGAAUUUUGUAAUAUACACUAAUAUAAAAUAGAACUUGUGUACAUCUAUUUUUGGGAGGGUUUUUUUCAUACUGGUUUUUGUGUUUUUUUCAUCCUUGCUAUUCUAUUUUUGUACACAGUAAUGCUUGCCAUUUGAGGUCUCUCUAGAACAGGGUAUCUUUAAAGCAGGGCUUAAGAAACAGUUUGCUGAUUUUUUCCCCUUCCUGCCCUUUUAUUUUGCCCUGGGUUUAGGGCCUGUUGUGCUCUUCUCUCCAACUCCUCGUUGAUUUGAGAUCCCCAAAAUUCGGAGUCCAAAAAAGGCAGCUUACUUUAAAAUCUUUGCUUUUCAACCUUCUCUUUCAAGUGUCAUUGAAAUUCACAAAUUUCAAGUAUUUGCUCUGAAUUUACAGGCCAGUUUUCUUUGACAAGGAGGACAAAAUACUCUCUUGUCCCUGAGUUAUUCUGGAAAUACAAACCCUCUUCAAUGGUACUAGGGCCUCUUUGUCACUGUAGGCAUUUACCAUCCUACAUAAACCUUCGAGUCCCUCGCCUCCACAUCCUUAGGCUAGGAUGGAGGGAUCAGACAGAGGGAUAUUCCUAUCUUCUCUUUAAACCAAUUACAAAUAUUUUUUCAAUGGAAUUAUCAGAGAAAAACUUCCACUCUGUAAGCUGUUUUUCUGGUGGGGAUUGAUCGUUUUUACUUAUCCUUUAUGGGACACAAGGUGACUCUUUCCCCUGCAUUUUUAAAAUUUUAAUGAUAUUUCAUCUUCCCUUCUCUGGCUUCAGUUUGUAACUUGCCCUGCCUCAGAAUAAAUGACCCCCAGGAAAGGGGUGCCAUGUAGGUUGAUUUUAAAGUAGGGAAAUUUAUAGUCAUGUGUUCUUCAGUAUGGCUUGGGCAAAGUUACCUCGAUGAUGAAUGAGCUUUGGAGACUUUUCCUUCUCUUGGUGAGUCUAAGUAAGUAGGGAUUUUAAGGUGUUCCUUAAUAGUUCUGAACUAGGGCUUGGAAAACUCAACCGAGUUUUCCAAGUCUGCCUGUUAAAAAAAAAAAAAAAAAAUCCUAUGAGGAGUCCUGACUCCUUGAGUUCUGUGGACAAGCUGCAAGCAGACUUCAAAACCCAUGUGAUAUCUCAAGAUUUCAGCUUUGACAGCUAGGUCAUUUCCACUGCUGAGGUCACUUGGUUCCUUUAAAAAUUACUAUUCGCUCUUAGGUUUAGACAUUGCUUUGCUUUAAGUGUGACUGGCUCUGGAUAACAGUGCUCUUUGCUGAGGUUUAGAUCAAUAGUAAUACACCAGUAAACGUGUCGAAUGGUGAUACCUAUAGCACUGUAAGCCAUUUCUUCAUCCGAUUAAAGGUUCCUGUCAAUGAACACUCCCGUCAUUUUUCCCAGAUUGUGCUCAGCUUUUAUUCCCGUCUUGUCUGAGUAUAUCUUCCUGUGGAUCACCUCAGUAUCUAGUGUCCUGCUCACUGGCUUACUCUGUUAGCAGCAGACUGACUGUGCAACAGUAUCUCAAGGCUAAAAACUGCAUCUGUUGGUCUGGUUCCGUUAUACUGCUGCCUCUUCCGUUGUCUCAGCCUCUUUGAAACUUGAAGUUUUGAUUCACUUUCCCAAAAUGUAAAUAUGGUUUUUAUAUAGGAAUAUAUUUUCUCCAUCUCUUUCGACUUGAUUUCAACUCAAGCCGCAGAUCACAAAAAAUCUCUGUAACCCUGCCCUGUCCCUUUCUGUAUAACCAUUUUUUUCUAAUCUGUAUCUGAUUUUUGGCUGCUUGGAUUUCAUUUCUGGACCAAGUUUUGAUUUGGUUUGAGCUUUUCUUUAACAUAUUUAAACUAGUGUUUACUCUGUGUGUCUGUGUGAACAUGUAUGGUGUUUUUAAUACACUAGCAAAAGCCUCAAAACUCCCAGAUAACCUGUAAAUAAAUCUUGCUGUGACAGUAUUGAGAGCAGGGUCUGCUGGACUGUCUCUUUGCUCUUUCUGCUGGAAUUCGUAGGCUAUGCGUGUGCACUCGGUUUGCAAUUAUAAACCACAGUAUUUCCACCACCCUGUCAGGGUCCUAGGUGUCUCCAGCCUUUCGAAGGACUCUUACUGAUGAGUAUCAUUCUGUGCGGAUUUUGGAGCAAUAGCAAGUAGGGAACAGAUUUGGCAGGAUCUGAUGCUUGAUCUGGCUGGUUUUCUCCCCGAUGGGUUGAUCUACUAAAAAAUUGCUGAGAAACAAGGUCUGCUUGGCGGUACAGCAUAAAAUAAAAUUCAUGGGAAUAAUGAAAAAUUGAUUCAGCAUCAUGAUUCUGUGGUAAUUUUGAAGAGGAGUCUUGAGUUUAUCUCUAGAGAGUGCCUAGCCUUGGCAAGAUGUAGCCCAGGGAAGUCUCUGUAUAAAAUAAGUAGCGAGUCCAGGGUUGCGCGAGGACGUGGUUCGACCUUGCGUGUCCCCAUCUCCUUCUCCAGCGUGGAGAUGCAGCUUAUUCUGUGUGUGUGCUCUGAGCAUCUGUGGGGGGAUCUGGAUUUAAAAAAGCUAAAGGGAAAAAACAAACCACUGCUCUUAAGAAAGGGCUUUUUAACCUAGCUGGUUCUGAGCAUUCAGCUCAGCUCGUUAGUUGAACAAGCUUAAUGGUGGGAGCAGGGGGUUGCUGGGGCUGCUGAAAACAGGCAGGGUACGAGGGGGUGGCGGUGCCAAGUGAUGCUUCUUGUAUCCCUCCUCUCUGAUGCACGAAUUUUCCAGUUUAGGAGGAAAUGAAAAUGCCGUCUGCAUUUUACAUGCGUAUUAAGUCCUCUUCUGGGGCACUAUAAAUGAGGGGAGGGAGGACCAAAACCACGUUUUCCACGAUACACAGUGUACUCUAGUGCUUCUGAACGUGUUUUCAGCACGGUACCUAAGGGCUCUGGCAGCGCUAGCCCAGGAGAGGGGUUUUGAUUACGUCUGUGCUAGGACCGCUGGGGUCCUUGCGGGAUGUGCAGAUUGGGAUGUGACCGUCUGAAGGCACCAGCUGUGUUAGCUGCUGUCUCCCUCUCUGCAGCCAGCAGUUCCAGAGGCGAAUUUCAGUGUUAACUUUUUUUUUUUUAAAGAUGAAUGCAAAACCUUGGUGUGUCACAGCUUUCGCUGCUUUUGCCCAAAUUGGCCAAAGAAGAGGUGAGAUAUGUAUUUGGCCACCUCCUUUGUAGCUACGGUACAGUGACCAGUGCAAUUUUAAGAACCUGCCUUUCUGGAAGCCAAAGCCAAACAGCGUUACCAGGAAAGCAUCUAUUCCUAGGAAAGCCUCAUAUCCCCUGUCAGUCCUGGAAGUGCUGCCAUAUGCCAGGUGCACUAUCUUCCCGGUUGCACGCUCUUGCAAGUUUAUAUGGUGCAUCGUAGCAAGACUUUUCAGUAAGAAGUUUGGGUUUUUUUCCGUGAAAAUGUGAUACUAAAGCAGAAUCAUACACCAGUAUUUAUUACUGCUAAGUAUUGCUUAACUGGCUCUCCUGAUAACCUUGCAAGCCUGGGGGGUGAUGAGAUGGUGGAAAACCCUGUAUGUGAAGAGUGAGAGUGUGUUUAUGUGCAUGGUGGCACCGUGUAGCUUUUCCCAGUGCAAGACGUCGUGACCCGUGUUAGCUGAAUGCAGCAUUCAGCGAGCUGGGAAUUUGGCCUCCGUAAAUAACACCGAGGCAGGUUAGGUAGGAGGUAGAAGUGCGCGUGCGUGUGUGCUGUUUGGUGAGUGAGAUACGCACAUAACCAUCCACAUGUGUUGCUUUCCCGAUUCGUUUCCCUGUUUCGUUCUGUUGGUUUGGAUGCGUUUCUCACCUCUUGUUGCUUCUGGAAUUGCGGUGCAGAACUCGGUUCCAGCCCUUGCCGCUCUUCCUCGUUUCCGCAUCCAGCCCGUGCAUUCCUGCACCAUGCCUCCUUCCAGUGUUACUUUCCCCUUUGUCUCUUACUGUUGCAAACGAAGAGAAAUGGAUGAUAUUUAUUGUAAAUAUUAGACUUUAGCAUUGUAAUGGCCACUCCUGGGUCUGAAUGUCAGAGGCCUUUGGCUGCUAAUAUACUAAAGAGCGCUUGCUGGGGGAGUGGGUAGGAGUGAGCAGUGGUUUUGGUUUCCACACUUGCAUAACGGUGUGAUUUGGAGUUUUGUUUUGUUUUUUUCUUCCGAAGAGGGGAGGAUAAAGUCUUUCUCUGGUUUUCUCUUACUGGAUGUGAAGGAUAAUUCUGUACUUCUAGUAGAAGAUUUGACAGAAGUGUGUGUUUACGUUGUGUUCAAUUACCAUAUCCAGGUGGCUUGAGAGCACCUUCUAAGCUGGGCUCUGUCAAGCUGUGUCACUCAGCACUUAGCUAGAAAAGAGAAAAGUGUGGAAUUUACGUGUUUUUAGAAACUUGAACAAUUGCCACAUAAUAGCAGUGCAAUAAUUUUUAUUCAUGUUGUACCUGCAUGUUGAUGUUCAAAUCCUCCUCCAAAAUAAAAAAAUUUUUUUACAUAAA